UCUUGACUCUUUCGUAGUCAGCUAAAACCUGAAUACACCUCACACAUACACACACAUACACACACACACCGCACACGGAACCGGUUAUUUCUGUUAUCCAAAGGUAAACGUGCAUUCGCUUAAACUGCCUCCACUUGUGGUUAGCUCGUUACCACAAAUUAAACUAUUUCGUGACAACUUUUACGACCGGCUUUGCUGUUAAUAUGUGUCGCCAUCGUUACGCAGCGUAGCUUAGCCCGCUAGCAGAGCUAGCACGGCGCUCUCCAAGCGGACUAGUUAAUGGGUUGGACAGACCUGAGAAAGGACACAUCGGCUUAGUUAAGCUAACAAGGUGGCUUAACUAAGCCAGUACUUGAAGGCUAGCGAAGCCCUCCUGGUGUAUUGUUUUCCAGAUAACAUUGGCAGAUUAAAUAUCUAUGAUAAGCCCUAAUUUAAUUUCCAUGCAUAGAAGUCUUAUACACGUUGAAAAGAGGACUUUAUUUCCUGACACUUGAUGUCCCGUGAAUAUAGUUGAGGAACUGAAGAUUUAAAAUAUAUUAUUAGUUAUUGAAGUUUGAAGAGAAGAGAAGAGGGCAAUCUUGAGUUUUGAGCAGUCCCCAGGAGAGUGGACAUACUCGUUCCGGAGACUGUAAAAAGGUUUUAUUGCCACCGGGACUGAAAAUUAAGCUGAGUGAACAUGAGCACCGCCAGGACGGAGAACCCAGUGAUUCUGGGCUUGUCCAACCAGAAUGGACAGCUAAGAGGCUCUGUAAAGCCUGCUGGAGCACCAGGUGGAGGUGGAGGAGGGCCUCAACAACAGCAGUUUAACCAGAUGAAAGGCACAAUCAACAAUGGUAACUCCCAGCCAGCCCCUGCAACAAACGCUGUCAUCAAGCCUGGAGAUGACUGGAAGAAAAAUUUGAAAUUACCCCCAAAGGACAUGAGGAUGAAAACUUCGGAUGUGACUGCAACCAAAGGCAAUGAGUUUGAAGAUUAUUGCCUAAAGAGGGAGCUGCUCAUGGGAAUCUUUGAAAUGGGAUGGGAAAAGCCGUCUCCAAUCCAGGAGGAAAGCAUUCCCAUUGCACUGUCAGGAAGGGAUAUUUUGGCCAGAGCCAAGAACGGCACGGGAAAGAGUGGAGCCUACCUCAUUCCCUUACUUGAACGCAUUGACCUGAAGCGGGACUGCAUACAAGCUUUGGUCAUAGUGCCCACCAGAGAACUGGCUCUGCAAGUAAGCCAAAUAUGUAUCCAGGUCAGCAAACACAUGGGUGGAGUGAAGGUAAUGGCAACCACAGGUGGAACCAACCUCCGCGAUGACAUCAUGAGACUUGACGAAACGGUACAUGUCGUCAUUGCCACUCCUGGGAGGAUCCUAGACCUCAUAAAGAAAGGAGUGGCCAAAGUGAAUCAAGUGCAGAUGAUUGUUCUGGAUGAAGCUGACAAACUACUGUCCCAGGACUUUGUGGUGAUGAUGGAGGAAAUACUGGGAUUCCUGUCCAAACAGAGGCAGAUUUUGCUGUAUUCUGCUACCUUCCCUCUCAGUGUUCAAAAGUUCAUGAAUUCACACCUGCAGAAACCAUACGAGAUCAACCUAAUGGAGGAGCUUACGCUGAAGGGUGUGACUCAGUAUUAUGCUUAUGUAACUGAAAGGCAAAAAGUCCAUUGCCUUAACACCUUGUUUUCCAGGCUCCAGAUCAACCAGUCUAUAAUCUUCUGCAACUCCUCUCAGAGAGUGGAGCUCCUUGCCAAGAAGAUCUCCCAGCUUGGCUAUUCAUGUUUCUACAUUCAUGCCAAGAUGAGACAGGAGCAUCGCAACCGUGUGUUCCAUGACUUCAGAAAUGGCCUGUGCCGGAAUCUCGUCUGCACUGACCUCUUCACAAGAGGAAUUGACAUUCAAGCUGUGAAUGUUGUGAUCAAUUUUGAUUUUCCCAAGCUGGGAGAAACAUACCUUCAUCGCAUUGGUAGAUCAGGACGCUUUGGACACUUGGGUUUAGCCAUCAACCUCAUCACAUACGACGAUCGCUUCAACCUGAAGGGGAUUGAGGAGCAGCUUGGAACAGAGAUCAAGCCCAUCCCUGGCAUCAUUGACAAAAGUCUAUAUGUGGCAGAGUACCACAGCGAGAGUGGUGAAGAACUCAAGCCAUGAGCCAGUGAGUGCACACAAUCAGUCCAUCCUUCACUCCCCUUUGUAUCCUUUUUCUCAUCCCCCACCAUCCCGGACUUUUUUUUUUUUUUUCAUGUACAGUUUCUGUCGUCGUUUUUUUUUUUGUUUUUGUUUUAUUUUUUUUUUCUUUGGACACCACCAUUAGGAAUGUGUGUUUUGAUGGACGCGUUUUGAAAGAACUCAUCUGCCUUCUUAAAAGGCCCCCGUGCUGCACCACCACAGCCUGAAGACGCAAGCACCCGAGGAAAGCAUGGGACCAAGUUGAAAAAUAAUAUCAGUGCACAUUGUGAUAAUUCAUAUCCACCACUGACGAAGCCAGCAACCGACAGACCCGCAUAGGACGCCCUCCGCUCUCCACUUUUUAGUUUGAAAGUUUUAACCGAUUUGUAUCAAGUGCCUUAACAAGCAGUUCAACUCGUUCUAAAGUAAUAACCCUGCAUUAUCCGCCAUCUCACUCGCGUCACACCACACACUCAUGCUCACCUAAUUGAAAAUUUAUUACACUUAUUUAACGUCUAACCAAAUAGGUGAUCUCAUAACUGUUUUUGGUUCAAGUCAUCCAUUGGGAUACGGAGACGAUUCGGAGGGAGUCUGGUCUGAAUUAUCUUUUCGCUGGCUUACCUGAACGCGAGUCUGGCUGACAAAAGAGGACAAACUUGGAUUUUCCAUGGACAGAGAUGCUGGAUUUUCUUUCCAAGACGCGGCCAGACUUCCCAUACGCUUGUGACGAAGCUUCUGCUUCUCAGAGACCCAGAGCCUUUCCUCAGUCUUCAGCAUCAGAACACUAAAGAUUAAUAAGCAGCGUUGCAACACCAUGAGUCAAGAGGAUUCCUGUUUUGAUGGAGUUUAUUUGGAGAGAACGCUUUAUUAUUUUUUUUUUUUUCUUCUUGUCCUGCGUUUCACCUUCCUAUUGGGAUGGCCAUACUUAAUUCUGCGAGAUGUGCAGCCGUCAUGCGGGAUGCACCUUUACACCUUGUGUACAUACCUUCAUUUUAAGAUUGUUUUAAACAAGUUCGAACGGCUCUAUGACAAACUGAAAAGCCACCCACCCCUUCUCUCUUGUUAGCACUGGAGACUUUUUUCCUUAACUGCCAGUUAGUUUGAUCUGCAAUGUUGGCCUAUGACUUAAUUUAUAAUUUUAGAAAUUGCAGAAUUUAUCGGACUCUUAAACAUUUAAAUGUUUUUUGGAGACCGUGUGUCACUGAUAAUCUUUUAGCUCCUCCCAAUUUGUUAGCGAGUGCAAUUCAAAGACGCACUUACAGGCGGACAUUGUUUAAAUUGUUGCCCUUGUUCUCUUUACCAGUGUUAACAAGCGUUGAGUCUAGACCGAUUUUUGAGCUUUUGCUUUUGGGUGAUGAAUUAUUUGUUGUCACCAGCCUGGACUUGUGGAACUGACUCUGAGACUCUAAGGUCUGCAGUUAUGAGUGCUGGCGUUGGAAGAGAAAAUAUUCGAUCCCGUAGUAGUACUACUUGCUGCAGUGCAGCUGAAUUGGCAGAUAAUUAGUUUUUAGGGGGAGGUAUUAGCUGUUACGUUGAUUUAUGCUCUGUUUAAGCACAGCUACAUGACUUCCUAACGUCGGGGGGAAGCUGUUGUUUUAUUUUUUUUUUCCCCUUUUGAAGAAUGUCGGCCGAAUGCAUCAAAACAAACUGUCUGACCUAAAAAAAAAUGUAGCAGGAAUUCAUUCUCUGUGCGUCGCCAUUUAGCCGUCUCUCUCCUAAAAAAAACCAGCUCACAAAAGAUGCUUCUCUGAAAAUGACCUGAGCAGGUUGGGGCUGCACUUAAACACAACAAAAACGGGGAGAGAGACGGGUUCAGGCGACGACACUGGCUGCACUGAUGCUUUUGUACACGUUGUAUGAUGGGAGAGACGUGUAUGUCAGUGCAGGGCAUUUAAACAAUUGGCACAGAGGGAAAAUGGCCAUGAAGGAAUAUAAAAUAACCAAGUUUGACUGCUUCUUUAAAAAAAAAACAAAAAAUAACCUGGGCACCUCAGCCUGCUGAGUCUAUGGCUUAAUUCUUUGCCAUUUAUGGAUGGCUUUAAUUUUUUUUUUUUUUUUCGGGUUGGGGAGGUACAUUUUUUUUGUGGCAUUUAUAUGCAACAUGACAACCUUUCACUUGCAUUAAGGUUCUCUGACCAUUUAUUUGUUCGGCUGAACCUUUUUGCAAAAGAGGUUCCCUGUUAUUAUGGUGAGAUGCUCUCUUUACCGUUCUGACCAAUGAGAAGUAGCAUAAAUAUUUAAUUUAAGCUCGCGACAAAAAGGAUGAUUUAAUUAUAAGACUACCUAUAUAUUUCUCAUUGGUUAAAACUCUGAUCCCUGUUCCCACAAGUUUGCCGUCCCAGAAAUACUUGAAGUUGAUAAUUGGGAUGUUUUUUUUGGGGGGGGAGGGCUUUAUUUAUUUAAAAAAUAAGAAAAGAAAAAGCAACGAUACAAAUUGAGCAUUAGUUGAGGGAACAGGGAUCGAAUUGUGCAGGCACUUGGCAGCUGUCUGUUUCUUGUCAGCCCCCUGGAAGUAAUCGCCUCAGAAAAACCUGUCGAUACUGAAACAAGGAGAUUGUAGAAGAGUGUAUGGCUACCUGAUGAUGGGGAUGUGGCUUUUACUGCCGGGGGGGCUGCCACUGGACAACCUUAAAGACUGAGACAAGAGCAUCUUGCCCCAGAUUCGGUUCCAAUUGGUUUCUUCUACUUCCUAUAUUGUCUCAUUCUUUAAGGUAUUUUUAAAUUUCACGGGGAGGUAUAAUUGGUUCACUCGCUGCCCUGAUGCACCGGUUCGUCCUCUUGAUAAGUGGCGACACAUUCACGAUGACACAGCUUUUGUGUGAAAUUUGGCCGUUUCCUACACUCGGCUGUCAGGGGGACGUGAGAGAGAGGAGUCCUUUUUAGGAUUUCUCUCCAAACUGAUGCAUCAGUAAAGAAACAUGUGGGGAGGGGGCCUCUGGGCACUUUACAGACGGGAUAAUAUGAUCUGAAGAUCCAAAGCUUUGGAAAUGGGUACAAAAAAGUUUGGAAAAAGUUGCCCUUAGAUAUUGAUUUAUUUUUUUUUUGUUUUGUUUUUUUUUUAAUGAAACUUUCAAGUGGAGGACACCUUACUGAAAAAGUCUCCAAAUUUAAGUGCAGAACUUAAAGCUUGAGUUCAUUUUUUUUUAUGAUUUGUAAUUUGGUUAUUUAAUUGGCAGAUUUUUCAGUGAUGCUAAUUUUACAAUGGAGUUAAGAUGUCAUGAAUAUUAUUGGCUACUGGAUUGGAUCUAAAGUUUUGUUCAGAAAUAAUAAAGCUCACUGAAAUUUA